GGUACGCGUCCUCUCGUGUCUUGUGAAUGAUAGCUGCCGUCUCAGGUCGUGUGACAUUGUGGCUGCGCAAGACACCGCGGCACCAAAGUGACUUUACGGGCUGACGGAGUGAACAGUGAGAACGGCUCGCUGGCUGAGGCGCGCACCGGCUCCUGGUUUUUACGCACGGCGCGGUUCUUCUUCCUGUCCCGUCUCAUGUCAGCUCCGUGGUAAUUCAGCCUGACCGGCAGAGGAGAGAGGACUGACACCUCUCACAUCCACACGGUUCCUCCUGCACCGAGGAGUGUGUUGAACUUACCGAGUGAAAGACCUGCUCCAUUUGGACGCCGCUUGUUCUCAACUUCAAAGUGCCAAAUUCAAAAGUUUACCGGUGACUUUUCCUGCGCAUGAUGUACACUAUCACCAGAGGUCCCAGCAAACUCGUCACCCAGCGACGCACAGGGCCUACGCAGCAGCUGGAGAACAAAAUAAACGAUUUCAAGCACAAACAAACCUCCUGGAAUCUGCCUGAGCUCCCUGCACCCAAGAUAGUUUUCAACCGCCUGAACGGUAAAAAGUAUCAUCACUCUGCUCCGGCCCUCCCCGCAGACGAUCAUCAGGAAGAGACUUUCACCGCUGCACAUGAGGAAAAUGUAAAGUUUCUUUAUGAGGCCUGGCAGGAGGUGGAGCAGCAGGAGCACGGCCCCGAGGAAACUCAGGCAGCAGUUCACUUUAAAGAGACCACUGCCAGCCCACACAUGGACAACUUUGUGCCCAUUGACCUGGAUGAAUGGUGGGCCCAGCGCUUCCUAGCCAACAUCGACAAGCUGUCCUGACACUGUUCUAGGACCAGCGGAUCUUAACCGGCGGUCAGGAGGAGAGUCUCUGGCUCCAGGAUACGUGGGAGCUACAGGUGUGAUGGGUCAGAGUGUCCUGAUGUGAUUCACGUGGACAGACAGCGCUGGGACGCUGCCGUAGAAACCACAGAGAAUCGCCCUCACUCGAACUCCAGCCUUCUAACUGCAACCCACUCCACACCAAACAUUCAGUCUGCCACAGGCGGCACGCUGAAGGACAAUGUCUAGAUUUUUCUCACCAUCAACACAGAGAUGUCAUGCUACUUUGAAAUGCAGUAAAGUUUUUUUCUUUCCCAAAAA